AUGCCUUUCCAUCUCAAGCGACGGGCUGCUGUUCUGACUCCGUCUACUCGCCUGAACGAUGCCGUAAAAAAUAUAUCCUAUCUCGUUAACGUGAAAUACAACGUUAACCUGUGCGUGCCGAUGGAAUGGGCCAGGAAACACAAUGAAAAAUUUGACGUAAUCAUCAUUUACACCAACUACCAGACUGUAUCCGGCGGUUUUUCUGCACAUGAAGCUUUCAUGAAGUACCGAAAGGCAAGCGGUAUCGUUGAUACUAAACUCGUGGUCGUUGCUCUGUCUGCUAGUGGCUUAACGAUCACUGACCCAAGCGACAAGGAAACGAUCGAUGUCAUUGGCUUUGACAUAAACACACCAGAAAUCAUCAAUCGAUUCAUCUUAGGAAAACUUUAG